AUGAUUAUCGUUUCAGAGAUUGGUGACAAGACCUUUCUUAUUGCAGCUAUUAUGGCCAUGAAGCAUUCGCGAUUCGUCGUGUUUUCAGCAGCAUUUUCAUCACUUGCACUCAUGUCCGUUUUAUCGGCGUUCCUGGGCCACGUCGUUCCCAAUUUGAUACCCAAGGCCUACACAGACGUUAUCGCUGCCUUGCUAUUUUUAUUCUUUGGCGUUCGCAUGAUAUACGAAGGCUAUUAUAUGGAAGAAGACAACCAGGAGGAAAUGACAGAGGUGGAGGAAGAAUUGAAACAAACAGAGGAUCGCGACCGAGUGCACAAGUUGGAAUCCUUGGAAGUGGGCGGCAUGGAGCCUGAAGAAGACGAUGAUAACCGUCGUGUCAACAAGGCGGAAAAGGCCAAGGAAGGACUCAUGAACCUUAUGCAACUGGUCUUUUCGCCUGUCUUUGUGCAGACAUUUGUAUUGACUUUUCUGGGUGAAUGGGGCGAUCGAUCGCAGAUUUCCACGAUUGCCUUGGCUGCUGCUAACAAUGUAUACUGGGUAACCGCAGGCGUUAUUGUUGGUCACACGUUGUGUACUGCAUUAGCAGUAGUAGGUGGACGUAUGUUGGCAGCUAAAAUCUCUGUACGAACAGUGACCCUCGCAGGUGCUGUCCUCUUCCUCAUCUUUGGCAUUUACUACUCAUAUCAUGCAUAUCAUGGCCAGUUAGAGUAA